AUGAAUUAUCGUACUAUAAGUACACCAAAUACAGCAUAUACUAUUAAAACGCCACAGUAUUAUCAUAAAACUGGAUAAAAGGGUAAAGAAAAGAGUUUACAUGAAAUUAAAUUUAAUGCAGAUCAGUACUCUAUACUUGGUGAGAGAACUCUCGAAAUUUUGAAAAAGAGAGAAAGAUCAGGAGUUGAAAGGGAUGAAGUCGAAAAAGAGUGUUUAGAAGUGCUAAUGACUUUAGAUGUAGAAAACGGGUUACAGGCUAAUCACUAUGAAGAUUAAGUUAUGCUAGAAAAAGCUUUAUAAAAGAUAACACAAAUGGCUAGAGAUAAUAAAAAUUUAAAAGAGCUAAAAGAUUUACUUAGCAUUUUAGUUAAUUAAAGAAAAUAAUUAAAAGAAAGAGAAGAUGCGUUUUUGAAUAGUCUAUCAGUAUUUAUCGAUUUUUAUGCAAGAGGUGACUUUGAACUAUUACAAAAAGGUAUUAUUAGAGAUGCAUUUUUAUAGAAAGAAUUGGAAUAACUUCAUAAGCUAAUGGCACUAAAAUAAAAACUUAUAAAUGACAGAAAAAAAUUUCACUUUGAUUUAAAUAGUUUUUUGCAAUAACCAGCUAAACCUCCAACACCUAUACCUAUUGAAUAUGAACCAGUAGUUGAAAAAGUAGUAACUCCUCCUCCUCCACCACCAAAGAGAGAGCCAGAAAGGCCUUAAUGCAACCUUUGGAAUUUUGAGCAUCCAUCAUUAAGAGACUGGAGAGCUAAUUUCCUUGGACCUCAAUUUCCUUACCAUACUUUUACUAUUGAAUAGUUAUUGCUUUUACUAGGAUAAAGAUAAUAGCCUUCCAUUUAAGUACUACCACCUUUGAAUUAACCAGGUCCUACCAAUAUUUACAUGGGAGGAGCUAUGCCUCCUUUCUAAGCACCGUUUAAUUUAAAAAUGGAGUGGCCUUAUGUAACAGGACUAAGCCAUCGUUUUCCAAGAGGUGCUAAUACUGAAGUCGAAUAACUCGAAUAUUUAAAAGCUAUGGAAGCUGAUCUUCUCUUGAAUUUAAGAAAAACUCCUCCAUUUAGCCCUGAAUAUGGAAUUCUUGCAUCUCAUUUAAAUUUAAUUCGCCAAUUAAUUGGAAAUUAUGACAAGAAAAAAUAUCACUGGCUAGAUUAUUCUCAUGAAAUUGUCAAUCUUCCUGGUACAACAAUCAAGCCAACUAAAUUGAUUCAUUAUUAAGUUCCUUUUGAAGACCCAUCUGGUGCUGUUAACAAUUUAUCAACUUCAAUUAAUAAUGCAUCUUUAGGAUAAAAGAGGGUUGGUUCUUCCCCUAAUAUAACUAUUGAAAGAUCUGGUACUCCUAACAAAGCCUAAAACCUCACUAAUACUUAGAUCAUACCUGGAUAAUAGUUUCCUCCAGGAAACCACACUUAAAAAAUUACUUAAAAAUAUAGAAUGAAGAUUAAUGUAAAUGAUAUAGAAGGUAUAAGUGGAUUUAGAUUUAAGUUCCACAAGUUAGAAAAAUUAGCUGAAAAGCAUGGAAAUUCUUUUACUGUUAGAGGAGCUUUACUUUAUGGAGAUGAUGUUUAUAUUGAUAAAAAUGGUGAUAAUUGUUCCUUCUCUGCAAUUAUUAAUGGUGUAAGAUCCGAAACAGACCCUAGCAAAGUAUUAGGAAAAGCUAAAAGAGAUUUUGACAUUGAUAUGAGGCCAGUUUUAAGUGAAUUCCAUACUAUUGAAGAUUUAGAAAAAUUCAAACUACUUUUAAAUGUAUUCGAUAAAGAUGGUAAACUAAUUGGUUGGGAAGUAUUUCCUAUGUAUACUAAUUUAAGAUUUAAUAAGGGUCGCUAUACUUGCUGUCUUUAUGCUCCUCCAUCUUAAAAACCUCCUUUUUCUGACCCUAAAAUUCCUCUUGAUAUAGAAAUGCAACAUGAAAUUAUUCCACUUCCUUGUCCUGACAGUGAUGAUGAUUCAGAUGAUGAAUAUAUGCAUGUUUAUGGUAGAAACAAAAGGUUCAUUAAUUCCACAACUUCUUAAAUUUUAGAUGGAUUUGAUGAUCCUGCAUAAAGAAUUAAAUUAGAAGAUGAUAAUAUCAAUGAAAUAGAUAGAUUAAGGAAAUAUAAGUUAGCUUUGCUGAGGAAAAAAGGAGAUGGAAUGUUUGAAGACGACCAAGAUAAUCUUGAUAAAUAUAAAAUGUAAACCAAAAAAAAUUAAUUAGAUAGUAAUAGAAAUUAGAAAAAAAGAGGUGAAGGUGAAGGUGAUGAUGAUGAUGACGAGUACAGAAAGAAUAAAUAAGAAAGAGCAAAGAAUAAUAAGCUAAAUUUAUCAGAUUAUGACAAUAUUCAUGGGUUUAGAUUGAAAUUCAAUACACUCAAAAAUUAUGACAUCAAAAAGGGGAAAAAAGUAACUGUAAGAUUAGCUAUUGUGUAUGGAUAAACAGUUAUCAAAGAUUUAAACGGCCUGCAAUGCGCUGAUUCUAAGGAUAUGGUUGCUAAGCAAUCUAAACAAGAUAUUACGGCUGUUGAUAUUAACUUUAUAAGAGAUUUUGAUGUAGAUCUAUACGAUCUUGUUUAGUAGUAUGACUAUAAUGAACUUGAGAAAUUUUGUUUAAUUGCAAAUUUCUUCGAUGAAGCUGGUAACCAAGUUGGUUGGAUUACCAUUCCGUUAUUCAAAUAUAGAAAAUUCAACAAAGGUAAAAAGGUAGAUUAUCUUUAUGAGCCACCAGCUCUUCCUCCACCUUUUGAGGGAUAGAAGACAAACUCCAAAUUUAAGAUAGAAUCAGAAAUGAUUCCUUUUCCAAUUGACAAAGACAUCGAUAUCUCAGUAGAUUAAGUUCAAUCCUUAAAUUUAUCAAGUAUCAAAAGAGCUCCGUAGUAAAAUAAAAGGGGAGAUAGUCCAAGAAAUGCUGGAGUUAUGAGAAAUAAUCUGGUGAGCCCAAAAAAUAACAAUAUUCUAAAUAGCAGUCUAAAUAAUAGUUUAAAUUCAAAUAAUUAAAUUAAUGAUUUGAACAAUAAUUUAUCUAAAAAAAAUGAUUAAAAUAAUAAUAAUAAUAAUCCCAGUAGCGUAAGAAGUAAUAAUUUAAAUAGUAAUAAUAAUCCAAAUAAUUAAAAAAAUAACCUCAACAAUUCGAGUCUUAAAAAUUCAAAUUUACCUAAGAAAGUGCCUAUUCCAAACAUUAAACCGUCUGAUAAAAGCAUUUUGAUUAGAUUUCUAAAUUUGAAAAACCAUGAUCCUUCAAAAGGAAAUUAAUUGACGAUUAGAGGAUCAAUGAUUUUUGGCGAAGAAGUAAUGAUGGAUGAUUUAGGUAAUAGUUGCACAUAUAAUAAAUCAUUUAAUGCGUAAGCUGGAGCAGAAAGAAAUAGUUUGCAGCUUUAAUAAGAGUGCAUUUACAACUUGAAUCCUAAUAAAUUAUAAGAUGACUAUGAUAUUAAAUAAUUAGAAUCAAUGUAAAUGUAUUACACUGUAUACGAUAACAAAUAAAACUAAAUUGGCUGGAUAGUCUUUCCCCUCUUUAAAUAUAAAAAACUUAAUAAAGGUAAAUUUACGAAUUACCUUUUAGAACCUCCAUCUUAAUAGCCGCCUUUUAAUCUUCAGGCAAUAAAAAAUUCUAAAUCAAGGUUAGAAUAUGAAAUAAUGACAUCUGAAUAUUAAUCAGUCAAUUAAGAAGAAGAAGAUGAGUAAUCACCAUAAAUUAUAAAUAGCAAUAAUAAAAAUAUUAACAACAACUUGAGUAAUAAUUAUGAUGAGGAUGAUGAUAAUAAUAACAAUAAAAAUAAGUAAAAAAAUAACAAAAACAGCAAUAAAAAUGCAGCAGCACAAUAGUCAUAAGACUUUUCUGACUUAGACUCUGAACCUGAUAGUAAAAUUGGGGUUUCAAUAUAUUUAAAAGAAGUUAAAAAUUAGAAAGAGAAGAUAUCCAUAGCUUAUCAUCUAAAAAUAUGUGAUACAAUAAUUACUAAACUUAUUUUAUCUCGUGAUAGCUAGCCUUGCUACUUUGAAACAGAUUCUGUUUUCGACCCCGAUACAAAAUUGAAAAAUAAUUUAAUUGACGAAAAAGUCUUCUUUCUAAUAGAUCCCGACAAAUUAAAAUCAAAAACUCAUAAUUUCUAAAAUGUGUUCCUAAGCAUCUUUUUCCUAAAAGAGAAUCCACAAAAAAUAGAAGAUGGAGAGUCUCCUUAUGGUUGGUUUGCCUAGCCACUUUAUGAUGCAAAAGGAAAUUUCAAGAAAGGAACUUUUUCAGAAAAAAUAUUUAAAUUACCUGAAUAAUAAUCUUUUCCUUUAAAUACUAAAAGCUUAUCAAAAUUAGAUAGUUAAAUAGAGUUUACCAUAGAUGUUGUUAACGCUCCAUAAAAAUGA